GGCGUCCUACUCCUACAAAUACCCAUGCAUACAAGACAAGCCCACGUCCAGUCCAGCAAUCCACCGCACCAGUAACUGCAAGCUCUAGUCUAGCAACCAAAAACAAUGGCACCCGGCCUGCGCGUGCUCGCUCUCCUCCUCGUGGCCGCCGCGGUGGCGGUGGCCGCGGACGCCGUGAGCAUCGUGGUCACCAACAAGUGCGCGUACACCGUGUGGCCCGCGGCGCUGCCCGGCGGCGGCACGGUGCUCAACACCGGGGACUCGUGGUUCAUCGACGUGCCGGCGGGGACGCGGAACGGCCGCGUCUGGGGCCGCACGGGGUGCGGCUUCAUCAUCAACGGCACGCUGGGGCAGUGCCAGACGGGCGACUGCGGCGGCACGCUGGUGUGCGGCAAGGUCGGGUCCGAGCCCAUCACGCUGGCCGAGUACUCGCUCGCCGGAACCGGCGGCGACCAGUUCGACAUCUCCCUCGUCCACGGCUUCAACGCGCCCAUGUCGUUCCUCCCCAGCGGCGGCGGCGGCGGCGCCAGCAGGUGCGCCAGGGGAGCAGGGCCGUCGUGCCCGGUGCAGGAGAUCACGUUCGACUGCCCCUCCGAGCAGCGGCGGGUGGCCGGGUGCGGCAACCCGUGCGACGGCCAGAGCAGCAGCUGCGGCCCCAACAACGGGACGGAGUACUUCAAGAAGGCGUGCCCGCAGACGGUCACGUACCCCAGGGACACCAGCAACACCAUCUUUACGUGCCCGGCCGGGACGAGCUACGAGAUCACCUUCUGCCCGUGAAAAAUGACGAGCUUGCGAUCUGAAAGUUUCAUGUUUGCGUGUAGUACGUACAAACAUAAGUUAUAUAUAUCUAGAUGAUAAAUAAAAAGGUGGCCAGAUGUGUGCUGUGUUUACA